AUGAACUCCAUCCGCCUUGCCGCGCGACACUUGAGGCCAACACAGCCCGUCCCCACACGCAGACCGACCAUCAGCAUCCCCAAAGUCAAAACAAUCAAAAUGUCGACAUUUACAAUCCCCGGCUCAAACCUCAAUGUGAAUAGCAUCCCAGAUCUAAGCCAAGAUGAUUUACUUUCAUUCCCAGCCUUCAAAGUCUGGAUAGCAACCCUCCAGCAAUCCCUCGCGCGACAAGAACACCCCUCGCACGAGUUCCACAGUGACCCGUAUAUCUUGCGCAAAAUUGAUAUUCAAUCGGUCGACCGCUUCGGUGGCGGGAGAUUAGGCUUCGUUAAAUUGAAAGCGGACGUCUCAAAUGGCCAGGGCGAGACUUUACCCGGCAGCGUAUUCCUGCGGGGUGGCAGUGUUGCCAUGCUCCUUAUCCUCCAACCGGAUGAUAUAGCCUCCCCGACUGAAAAUGACAAGCGGGCUAUUAUGACCAUCCAGCCCCGUAUUCCAGCGGGCUCACUGGCGUUUCCGGAGAUUCCGGCUGGGAUGCUUGAUGACAGCGGGACGUUUGCUGGGGGUGCGGCCAAGGAGAUCCAGGAGGAGACGGGAUUGCAGGUUGAGCAGAGCGAUUUGAUUGAUAUGACUUCACUGGCGCUGCAGGCUGCGCAAGAGCCUGGUGGCGGUGAGCGUCUGCAGCAAGCCGUUUACCCGUCUCCUGGAGGGAGUGAUGAGUUCAUUCCACUGUUUUUGUGUCAAAAGUCUAUGCCUAAGAAGGAGAUUGAGGAGCUACAGGGGAAGUUGACGGGGUUACGGGAGCAUGGGGAGAAAAUCACGCUCAAGAUUGUGCCUUUGGCGGACUUAUGGAAGGAGGGGCUUAGGGACGGGAAGACAUUGGCUGCUUGGGCUUUGUAUCAGGGCUUGAAGCAGGAUGGAUUGCUUUGA